AUGGCAUUGGACAAUCAGACUUUUAACUCUGAUAUCAUCCUUCUGGGAAUCUUCAAUUACAGCCCCACUCACAUCUUCCUCUUUUCUAUGCUUUUGGUCAUCUUCACAGUGGUCUUCAUGGGAAACACUGCUAUGAUUCUCCUCAUCUACCUGGACACUCAGCUCCACACACCCAUGUACUUCUUUCUCAGCCAACUGUCCCUCAUGGACCUCAUGCUCAUCUGCACCACUGUACCCAAGAUGGCUUUUAACUAUUUGUCUGGCAGCAAUUCCAUUUCUGUGGUAGAGUGUGCUACACAAAUUUUCCUCUAUACAUCACUACUUGGCUGUGAACGUUUCCUAUGGGCAGUAAUGGCUUAUGACCGCUAUAUUGCCAUUUGCUACCCUCUAAGAUAUCCUAAUCUUAUGAGCCCUAAAAUUUGUGGACUUAUGGCUGCAUCUUCCUGGAUCCUGGGCUCUACUGAUUGUAUCAUUGAUGCUGUAGCUACAUUUUUCUUCUUCUAUUGUGGGUCCCGGGAAAUAGACCACUUCUGUGAUUUUCCUUCCCUGCUCAUCAUCUCAUGCAACGACACAUCAACAUUUGAAGAAGUUCUUUUCUACUGCUGUAUAAUAAUGAUUGUUUUCCCUGUAGUGAUCAUCAUUGCUUCCUAUACUCAUGUUAUUGUGGCUGUCAUUCACAUAGCAUCUGGAGAGGGUCACCAGAAAGUUUUUGCCACCUGCUCUUCUCACCUCAUGGUGGUGGGAAUGUAUUAUGGCACAACUUUGUUCAUAUACAUGCGGCCCGCUUCUGAUCGUUCCCCCACCCAGGACAAGAUGGUCUCUGUCUUCUACACCAUCCUCACUCCCAUGCCGAAUCCCCUCGUCUACAGCCUCCCAAACAAGGAAGUGGCUAGAGCAGCCAUGAAGGUGUUGGAGAAGGGCAGGUCUGGACAGUAA